CCGCGCUGUUGUAGCCGGAGAGAGGCGAACCCCACAUCACAUCAUGAUUCUUCAAAGGCUCUUCCAAUUCUCGUCCGUUUUCCGCACUGCGGUCUCUGUUCAUUUGCGGAGGAACAUCGGACUGACAGCCAUCACAUUUAAUAAGGCAAAAGAGCUUGAUCCAGUGCAAAAACUCUUUCUGGACAAAAUCAGAGAAUACAACACAAAGAGCCAGAAAGCCAGUGGCCCUGUUGAUGCUGGCUCUGAGUACCAAAAGGAAAUGAAUGAAGAUAUCAGCAAGCUUCAGAGGUUAUAUGGAGGUGGAGACCUAAACAAAUUUCCAGACUUUAAGUUUGAAGAACCUAAAUUUGAGGAAUCAACCAAAUAAGCAACCCACCCAGACAUCGAUUGGAAUAUCCCUUGUUUCCUGGACUCUUAUAUCACCCUAAUAGUAACUUAAUAAACCACGCUGGUGAA